AUGACUACCGAAACUUCACAAAACACCUGGUCCCAUUCCUUCUGGGAGUUCUUUACCCCCAUCGACACAUGUCUGAUGGGCUGGUUCUGCCCAUGCAUACUAUUCGGAAAGACACAGGCGCGACUGGAAGACCCUACCUUGAAAGACUACAGUCCCAUCAAUGACAACUGCCUGAUCUGGUGUGGCCUCAGCUGCUGCCACGCGAGUUUUCUUAUUCAGACGAAGAAACGCGACGAUCUGCGCAAGAAGUACGGAAUUACCGAGACACGCCUGGAAGAGACGCUGAAUAUGCAGCCUGGAGAUAUCCAGAAAAAACAUAAAGUUGAGGGCUCACUGGUAGAGGAUUGCCUAGGUGCAUUCUUCUGUCGCUGCUGUGGGCUUGUUCAGGAGGAGAAGGAGGUGAUCUUGAGACAGAGUCAGGUUACAACGGGAUACCAGAAGACUCAAGGGAUGGAAUAUGCUUAA